ACGCAGAAAACUUGCGUUCAGCAGUAGAUUUUAUCAGCGUUUCAAGCGCCAAACACUUCUAAUCGCGUUUAUUUGCAUUUGGAACAUUUUUUUAAUUCUUCCAUUUCCAGAUGCUGUUCAGAGCCUUUUUUCAUCAUGAAAAAUGCAUGCAAAGCAUUUCAAGGUACUCAAAUGGACUAAACACUGAACACAGGAUGUUCCUACCAAGCUUUUCACACAUUGUAAUGACCAAUUCACACCUCAGCCCUCUCCCACCCUUGGAAACAAAAGAUAUGGUAAUGACCAUUCACACCUCAAAUUCCUCAUGA